GUUGGCGCACCGUCCCUUCCCGUCCCGGGCGAGCCAGCCAGCCCUCCAGCCCAGCCAGCAGCCCCUCCAGCCCCCGUCCUAGCCGGAGCCUCCCCGCCACCAUGUCUCGGCCGCUGACGGACGCGGAGAAGCGCAAGCAGAUCAGCGUGCGCGGCUUGGCCGGCGUGGAGAACGUGGCCGACCUGAAGAAGAACUUCAACCGGCACCUCCACUUCACGCUGGUCAAGGACCGCAACGUGGCCACCCCGCGCGACUACUACUUCGCCCUGGCCCACACCGUCCGCGACCACCUGGUCGGCCGCUGGAUCCGCACCCAGCAGCAUUACUACGAGAAGGACCCCAAGCGCAUCUACUACCUCUCUUUGGAGUUCUACAUGGGGCGAACUCUACAAAACACAAUGGUCAACCUGGCCCUUCAGAAUGCCUGCGACGAAGCUGUUUACCAGUUAGGUCUGGAUAUGGAGGAGUUGCAGGAGAUCGAGGAAGACGCCGGGUUGGGCAACGGAGGUCUGGGACGCCUGGCAGCUUGCUUCCUGGACUCCAUGGCGACUCUGGGUCUGGCAGCUUACGGCUACGGGAUCCGCUAUGAGUUUGGCAUCUUCAACCAGAAGAUCUGCGGGGGCUGGCAGGUGGAGGAGGCGGAUGACUGGCUGCGCUAUGGCAACCCCUGGGAGAAAGGACGCCCCGAGUACAUGAUCCCUGUGCACUUCUAUGGGCAUGUGCAGCACGACCCGGAUGGGGUGAAGUGGGUUGACACCAGGAUGGUCCUCGCCCUCCCUUACGACACCCCUGUUCCUGGAUAUCGCAACAACAUAGUGAACACCAUGAGGCUGUGGUCUGCCCGGGCUCCCAACGAGUUCAACCUGAAGGACUUUAACGUUGGUGGCUACAUCCAGGCGGUGCUGGACAGAAACUUGGCAGAGAACAUUUCUCGCGUGCUGUACCCCAACGAUAACUUCUUUGAAGGCAAAGAGCUGCGCCUGAAGCAGGAGUACUUUGUCGUGGCUGCUACUCUCCAGGACAUCAUCCGUCGCUUCAAGUCCUCCAAGUUUGGCAGCCGGGAUCCCGUCCGCACCUCUUACGAUGCCUUUCCGGACAAGGUUGCGAUCCAACUCAACGACACCCACCCUUCGUUGGCCAUCCCAGAACUCAUGCGGAUCCUGGUGGAUAUUGAGAAGCUGGAUUGGGACAAGGCGUGGGAUAUCACCGUCCGGACCUGUGCCUACACCAACCACACGGUGCUGCCUGAAGCGCUGGAGCGCUGGCCUGUCCACCUCUUCGAGACCCUCCUGCCUCGUCACCUGGAAAUCAUCUACGAGAUCAACCAACGCUUCCUUGAUAAAGUCUACGCCAAGUUCCCCGGAGACCUUGACCGUCUGCGCCGCAUGUCCAUGGUGGAGGAAGGCAGCGUGAAGCGAAUCAACAUGGCCCACCUUUGCAUCGUGGGCUCCCACGCGGUCAACGGGGUGGCCCGCAUCCACUCUGACAUCCUGAAGGCUACUGUCUUUAAAGACUUUUAUGAGUUCGAACCCCACAAGUUCCAGAACAAAACCAAUGGCAUUACCCCACGCCGGUGGCUCGUUCUUUGCAACCCGGGGCUGGCCGAGGUCAUUGCGGAGCGUAUUGGAGAAGAUUACAUCUCGGACCUGGAUCAGCUGAAGAAGCUCCUAAACUUUGUGGACGAUGAAAGCUUCAUCCGGGAUGUGGCAAAAGUCAAGCAGGAGAACAAGCUGAAGUUUGCAGCCUACCUGGAGAAGGAGUACAAGGUGAAAAUCAACCCAAACUCCCUGUUCGACAUCCAGGUGAAGAGGAUCCAUGAGUACAAGCGGCAGCUGCUCAACUGCCUUCACGUCAUCACCUUGUACAACCGGAUCAAGAGGGAGCCCAACAAGCAUUUUGUGCCCCGGACGGUCAUGAUUGGAGGCAAAGCGGCCCCCGGCUACCACAUGGCCAAGAUGAUCAUCAAGCUGAUCACCUCCAUUGGCGACGUCGUCAACCACGAUCCAGUCAUUGGCGACCGCCUCAAGAUGAUCUUCUUGGAGAACUACCGCGUCUCGCUGGCGGAAAAAAUUGUUCCCGCAGCUGACCUCUCCGAGCAGAUUUCCACAGCCGGCACUGAGGCCUCCGGGACGGGCAACAUGAAGUUCAUGCUGAACGGGGCGCUCACCAUUGGCACCAUGGACGGGGCCAACGUGGAGAUGGCGGAGGAGGCUGGCGAAGGGAACCUCUUCAUUUUCGGCAUGCGGGUGGAGGACGUGGAAGAGCUUGACAGGAAAGGCUACUGUGCCAAGGAUUACUACGACCAUAUUCCUGAACUGAAGCAGGUCAUGGACCAGCUGAGCAGCGGCUUCUUUUCCCCCAAACAGCCUGACCUCUUCAAGGACAUUGUCAACAUGCUGAUGUACCAUGACCGGUUCAAAGUCUUUGCUGAUUACGAGGCAUACAUAAAAUGUCAAGAGAAGGUCAGCAUGCUUUACAAGAAUACCAAGGAAUGGACCAAGAUGGUCAUCAGGAACAUCGCCGGUUCCGGAAAGUUCUCCAGUGACCGCACCAUCGCUCAAUACGCCCGCGAGAUCUGGGGCGUGGAACCCAGCCGCGCGAAGCUCGCUGCCCCCGAUGAACUUCGGGAGUGAGUUGCCCAUUGCGGUCGCUUGUCUGCCCCCCCCCUUGCGUCACGAGAAUCCAACAACGGGGCAGUGCAAAUCCAUGGGGGUUUCUACACACACACACACACCACAGUUUGCCUAUCACUCAAGCAGGGGAGAGGGUGCCCCACAUCCUUCUCCUUUCCUGGCCCCACCUAUUUUUCUGGCUCUUGCUCUUUAUUUAUCACGGGCGCCCCCCCUCCUCCCCCUGUAACUCACCGCGGCUUUUUAAUACGGAUUUACCAUCGUGCCCUGCUUUUAUUACACUCCCUUGGGCUUCUUUCAAGAGUUUGACAACCACUUCCCCGUUUUUUUCAAGAGGGGCUCCGUCCUUCCAUCCCAUAUAUAUUUUUUUUCCUAAAUUCUGAAGGGAUGCGCUGCUGGACGGGGAAGGCAGAUUUUAUAUUCUCGUUUGUGAAGGCGGCGCCGGGUCUGUUUUAUCAAAGAGGGGGGGACACUGGGAGGAAAGGGGCCUCCAGCCCGAAAGGGGAAGAAGAGACGCCCGCAUCCACACGAAAACAAAUAAAUGGUUUUAAAACUA